CGGACCGAAAAACAAACCAAAACACACCACCACGAAACAUUGCGGAACUGUUGGCUGCAGCUUUUACCUUUCUUUUCAGCCCGAUCGAGUGGACGGAACGAAACGAACGAUCGGGGGGUUGUGUUUGGUGUUUUUUUCUCAACAACUUUUCGUUGUAGUUCGUCGUUUUUGGCAAGCGAGCUAGCGACUCGAUUGGACUGCAUAGUGGGGGACCUCCGGGCUCUGUGGACCCUUGGCACCGUACCGCCUGAUGAGUCGGGAUUCGUCGAUCGCUGUAGACGCGUGCGUGCGUGCGAAGUGCUUUCUCUUUUCGCUGACUGGCUUUUACCGUGGAUAGGUGUGCAGAUAUUUUGGGUGAAACGGUACGCGGGAAGCUCCAGAACGAUUGUGGGUCGGUUCUAUUCUUGGCGCGUACAAAUAUUCUUUUUGAGCGCAGAACACGUGUGUGGUGGGUAGGCCACCUCGACUUUGUCUGGUUUUGUUUUGAUUCUUGACGAUCGUGGGCUCGUUCGUCGUUCGUGUGGGUAGACGAAGUCGAAGAGUUGGUGACUCAAGAACGGGGUGAAAGUAGUGACGAAAAAAUUCUAGCGCGGGUAGCUCAGAACAGCUGAUUCGGUUGAGUGUGCUAGUACACUCACAGCAAAGUUUAGCGAGCUAGUUGGGUCGUUCAGUACCCGGUGUGGAUUGCUGGUGUAAUUAAAAUUCUAAUCGCUACUAGUCGGGUCGGUUGUCAAGUUUCGGAAUCUUUCGACGAGCAAGACAACAAAUGGUGAGGUUCCGGGAGUUAUCGCUUGUUUAGUAACAACUCUGGGGAUCUGGAGGGAACCUGGAAACCGAAUCAGUCUUUGAGUGUAUGUCUGUGUAUUCCGCUGAUAGAGCGUUGAAGCUAGAACGUGCAGUAUUGUCGCUGAUAUAUACAGAGAGAUAGAACGUGUGCUCAUGCAAUCGCCCCGUGUGAUACGGCCCAAGAGUCGCUCUCCAUGUGUGUACUUGCUUUGAGCUGGGAGAUGCAAUUUGAUUAAUGAAUAUAAACAGAUCUUCUGAAUAGGUGCCGGUGGAACGUGGCGCGUGUCGUGGGUCGUGUGGCGCGCACUUGUGAAACGGGUAACUUAGCAGCGUCCCCCCAUUUUCGUUUUCGAAAGCCCUUUUGCGGCCGUCCAGAACCUACGACCAGAAGUCGUUGUGUGAUUGUGUUUAGAAUUGUGGAAGCUCCGCCGCCGCUUAGAAUAGCGAAUAGAAGUCAAUUUGAAUUGAAAAAAUGAAACGCAUGGAAUAGCACAGCACGUACAAGGUCAUUUGGAUUUACAUGCGCUGUGGCUGGAAGAAGUGCUUUGCAUUGUAACCCCGCGGGGAAUACUCAACUUUAGAACCGGUGUGUGUGUUUGACUAGAAAAAAAUAUUGAAAAUAGAUUUUUCUCCUUUCGGAAGUCAUCUAGCUUAUAUCGGUUUAAACCGUUUUGGAAAAGUGGUGCCUUCCUUUGUAUGAGCGCUCGAUGCGCUAGAAAACCCAAAUGUCUACCUCCCUCGACAAGUGUUGGCCAUACUCCUGACAGUGAAUAAUUGCGACUAUUGUUGUCGCCCACCUUUACCCGGUAAUGGCUCAAUCAAGAAAAUACAAAUUAAUAAGUAGAAGAAGCAGCAAACAGUGAAACAGUGAAUAUUUGUGAACCUGUUUACCCACAAAACAUGUGCUACUGUUGAAACCUCCCUCCGAAACCAGAAGUUCUUGUUGAUAAAGCGGCUGGACGCUAACAAAACAAAACAGAAGAAGAUACAGUGAAAGUAAAGUGAGCCCGUAAACCAUCCCCAUCAACAUUCAAUCAUUUUACCCUAAGAGAAAGAACCAGUUCAUCCAUGAUGGAAUUCCAACCGUUGCCACCGGUUUCUUCCAUGAACAUCGGUCCUCCGACACCUGCCCCCUCGCCGCACAUCCAAAUCGGAAAUCAGAACAACGGCAAUGGAAACGGAGGUGGAGGAGGAAACCCCAACAACCUCCUGAACUCGAUGCCACCGCCGAUCCUCCCGGUAGGGAUGCCCCUACAACAAGUGGUUCACAACCUUCAGCACCUUACCAACGUCAACAACCUCCAACAACAGCAGCAGCAACAGCAGCACCACCAGAUUCCGCAUCACCAUCAGCAGCAGCAGCAUCAGGCACACCAAGCGCUCCUCGCAGCGAACAGCACCAACGGCCUAAAUGGGAUACAUCAUACGCAAAGUUUGCCACCGACGUCGCAGCUGCUGCAAGCGAUACAUAACAAUACGCACAACGGCAAUAACAACAAUAACAGCAAUGCGAUCAACCUGAACAAUAGCAACAGUAACAAUAACAACAACAAUUCGAUUACCCAGUAUCAGGUGCAGCAGCUCUGGAGACAUCACGCCUAUUUGAACGGAAAAUCAAGCAAUAACAAAGACAUCUGCGGCGACGACAAACACAAAGAAGAUGGCGACCCGUGGAACGUGGAAGCCCAGGCCGCCUUCUUGGGGCCGAACCUGUGGGACAAAACCCUGCCCUACGACUCUGAUCUCAAAGUGCACCAGUACGCCGACCUCGACGAAUUCCUCUCAGAGAACGGCAUCCCGGUGGACGGCCUCCCGAGCAGUCAGCUCGGGCACUCGACGAGCCUCACCGGACGAUCCGACAGCCUCGGCCACUGUGCGGGCCUCUCCCUCGGACUCGGGCAGGUGACCACGAAGCGGGAACGAUCGCCAUCGCCAUCAGACUGUAUGAGCCCGGACACGAUGAACCCACCGUCGCCGGCCGAUUCCAUUUUCGACGUUGCAGCGUUCUCGAUGUCCUCGACGACCCGCGAUUUCGACCCCCGGACGCGGGUUUUCUCCGACGAGGAGCUGAAGCCGCAGCCGAUGAUCAAAAAGUCCCGGAAACAGUUCGUGCCGGACGAGAUGAAGGACGACAAGUACUGGGCCCGGCGCCGGAAGAACAACAUGGCCGCCAAACGGUCCCGCGAUGCCCGCCGCAUGAAGGAGAACCAGAUCGCGCUCCGAGCUGGGUACCUGGAAAAAGAGAACCUAAGCCUGCAUCGAGAGGUCGAACAGCUGAAACAGGAAAACAUGGAACUGCGCGCUCGUUUAUCCAAGUACCAGGAGGUAUAAUCGUAGCUGCAAGGCAAAAUCAAACAAACAACAAACAAAGCUAAGCAAAACAAAACAAAACAGUCAUCCCCCAUAAACAAAAACUCGUUAGCGCCAGCAUCCGCAGCAGCAGUAGCAGUAGCAACAACGACGACAACAGCAGCAGCAGCAACAACAACAGAAGAGAAUGGUAGAACCAAGAAUCAAUAGUGAAGAACAACGGCAGCAGCAGCAGUUCCACAGAAGCUUAUCGACGAGAAAAGAAGCGAAAGACCUGGUUUGACGACGGGCGUCAGCGGGAAACCAAUAGUAGACAGACAACGAGAGUGCUUGGACGAAGUGUGAUUAGUAUCAAAACAAAAACAAAAAAAAAACAAAAACCUAGUAGGCAAAGCUUCGAUGUUCGAAAUUUUUGUGCGGAGUUGUGGUAGACAAAAUGUAGGCUUUAGUGUAAAUUUUUGUUGACACCAGGAAAAGAAAAAAAAAAUCAAUUAUAGGCAUAGAUGGUUAGGAAAAUUAUUUUCGUUUUGUUUAUAUGAAUGCUAAAUACUAAAAAAAAAAUAUGGUAGCUAAAGAAAAAAAAAGUUGUUCGUUUAAAAAUUCACACAGCUUCGAAAGCUUGUUAUCAGCGCUUUUCGGUUUAGUUUUUGUUUCCUUAAAAAAAAAAACAAAAAGUCCUUCGUUGUUGUUUUCCGUUGAUGAGUUUUGCUGGAAUUGGAUUAGAGUGUUAAAGCUGUUGACACCAUUUUGUUUUUUUUAAUUAUGUCGAAAUUCGAAGAAACGAAGAGACUCUAUUUCUGUUCACCGAAGUAAAGAAGAAGAAUUUUCAUCGAUUCUUAGAAUUCGGAACGUGGAAACCGUUUAAAAUGUUCGUGAUCGAUUGUUCUACCAUUCAAUUUACGGUUGUUUGCAGUGGUUGUUUUUUUCUUUUGUUUAUUCUAUUUCUUUUCGUUUAGGUUUAAAUAGUACAGUACAGUACCUAGAAAUCCCCGGGAGAUUGCAAUUGAAUGUAGUAAUUCUAUGUAGAACAAACAAACAGCGAGACAGGAGCGAAAAAAAGGAACGUUUAAGGAUGAGGAAAGCGAAACAAACAAAAACAAAAAUAAGUGCAGCUAAUGAAGCACGUGCUCGUCAAAAGAUGGCGGCACCUUACGCGUUCUGUAGGCUACAAACGGUUUUAGAGAGUAGUGUGGGUGUAAACUUUGCUUGGGUUACUCGAAUUCAAAACGCGGUAGACUCUGACCAGGCUUGGAGCAUUGUCCUGGUGUAAGUAUUCAAAAGGGAGAUUCGUUUAGGUUUUUUUUUUCAAUGAAAAAUUUCUCACAAAUUCACUCGUUUCGGUCGAUUAAGUUGACGAUAGUUUGUCAAAAAUUAACGCGUUUUUUUUUCGGAUAACUUUUUUUUCGUUUCCUCAAACCUGCUGGAACAAAAAGGGAUUGCUUCCACCGAGAAGUAGAUUAGGAGCAACAUGCGUUAGUAACGAUAACUAGUUGAUUAUUGUAGGGCUGUGAGUUGACUGCUACACGAAGAAAAAAAAAGGAACGCUGAAUCGACUUAAGGUGUUAGAUUUGGCUCAUGCUCAAUCCAUGCGCAUGGGUUGUUUUUACUCACUGAAUCAAAAAAAAAAAAAACAAUACAAAGCAUACUAGCCUUAAUUUGCCCCUCCUGGGUUUCACCAUUUCCGAACAAAAAAGAACGAAACGGUUGUUUCAUCGGGCUUUCUUUUACUGUCCCUUCGGAAAAAAAAUCAAGGAAAUUGCAUUAAACCAGAUAUGUAAUAUAGAAAACAUGGAAACAGAUCGGUGAGGCAGCUUGUGAAAGAACGAAAAUCAUAAAUGUAAAUAGCGAAAAAUAGUAAUUGUAAGAAGCAAAACAAAGAUGCAAACUGGAAACUGAGAACCUAAAAACAAGAAACAUAAACAUAAAUUAAAGUUAUUUACAUCAAUGAAAGAAAACAAACAAUAAAGGACAAACUCAAAUAUAGACUUGCUUGGUCAAAAGUUGAACCCCUUUUUGGAGCAAAUUUGCUGGUUGAUAGUCUAGAAUGUGUGCGAGUGAAUAUAAACAAAUAACAAACAAAAUAAGUAAAACAUAAACGAAAGGAUGCUGUUUCGAAGUUGUUCGAAACACAUACACAUAUACACACAUACAUGAACUUUAAGUUAAUUAAUUUAUUCUCUCAACUAUUUUGAACCGUGAACUAUGUUUGUUAUUAAAUAAUAAUGAAAACAAAAAAAAAAGAGUCGUUACAACUUUAGGAAUCGGAUAUUACGUAGUCGAAAGUAGCGGAACAAAAUAGUGAAAGCAAACAAAAAGUCACAUCCCUCACAUUAAAAAAAAAAACAAAACAAACACGCAGCUAGGACUCUUUUACCCCUGCCGGUAUGCAACCAGUAGAGUUCUCGAGCAAACACACAAAAAUCACCUGGCUACUACCAGCACUGAAAAAAAUACACCCCUACAAAGUAGAUGUCGAGACAUUGAGAGUUAUAUCAAACGUUUAUCUGUAGCAAAGUGGUAAAAAAUCAGCAGAAAACUCAAACAAAACUCACACACUUACAAUUGCAGAAGUCUAAAAAAACCUACAGAAAGAGGCGAAGCAAAACACGUGCAUACAUACACUUGAAAAAUUUAAUGGAAAAGUAAAUAAACUCGUUAAUUAUGAAAUAAAAAACAGAAGGGAGAAAGAGGUUAAACACAGAGUAGGUCAAAAAGCUAGAGCAAAAUUACCUGCAACAGCAAAAGAAUGAGGGAUACACGGAAAAAAUAAUAAUAAUAAAAACAUAAAUCAACCAUUAGUAGUCUGAAUACAAACAAAAAACUGUAGUGAUAGUAACCAAGAUUAGUGAACGAGAGAAGCCCGUAGUUGAUAAUAUGUUAAAUAUGGAAAACAAAAACACAUACAUAAGUUGAACGAAACAGAAAAAUUGUGCAAAAGUAAAAAUAGAAAAAAAGUAAACAACUGUAAAUCAAUAUUACUAGAAAGUAGUGAACUUUACCAGAAGAAAAGUGGAGAGAAAAGGUAAAAGUGGGAAAUGGUUAGGCAAUGCAAGUUAAUCAAAAAAAAAAACCCCCGGAACAGGAAAACCAAAAGAAUGGAAAAACAUACGGAAAAUGAACAACCAAUUUGAGUCUGUGUAUAAGAGUUAUCUGUUAGAAGAAGAAAAAAAAACAAGUAAAAAAGAUUGAGAUUACUUGGAAGAAAUAAGUGGAAAAUCAAAUUUGAAAAUGAAAUUCUUAAAUGCCAACUCCAAUAAAGGUGUCAAAACAAAACACUCAAAAAAUUGCAAUGUUCAAAUUCAAGUGAUAAGACCGGAAUCUGCAUUCCGAAAUGAUAUCUAACUCUGAAUAUAGAAAAGAAAGUUUCGGAUUCAUUAUUCAGUAUAAAAUUUCAGAAUCAAAGUUAGGAACAAGAAAUCAGAAUUUAAAUUUGGAUUUGGAUUUCAAAAUUCUGAAAUAAUAUUUAAUUGCAAAUUCAGAAUUCAUACACAGAAUCCAUAAGCAGAAUGCAUAAUCAUAGUUAAAAAUCAGAAUACAGAAUCCAAAUAAUGAAUCGAAUUUCAAAAGACAGAAAACAGAAUCCGAAUGAUCGAAUAGGAUUUUCCACUUCCUUUUUCCGAGGAAACUUAACUUUAUUCGUUUUGAUUGAUUGAUCUUUUGAUUGAACUCACUCACGCAAACAACUUACGGCAAAGUCAUCUAUCCCCAUUAAAGUAAUAUGAAAGUUGAUUGAAACACAAACAAACAAAGACUCACACUCACCCUAUCGAUGAUAAUAAUGUUAAAGAGAGAGAAAAAAAAAACUAUGGUAGAAAAAGUUUUUGAAUGAAGUAAAAAACUCGUGGAAUAGGGAAAAUAAUAACAAAAUGUUACCGGUAAAAUUUACCUAGUAGUUGUAUAGUUUAUAUUUAGUCAACGCAAAUCCAUCCCCCUGUAGCGCGAGAACGAGAACGAGAGAGUUGAAACAAAAAAGAAAAAAAAAACACACACACAAAACUGAAGUGACCCAUCCCAAAAAAUCACCGGCUAGAGAGCACUAUUGUUUGGAAAACGAUUUUGUUUUCCAUUUAUUUUUUUAAUCCCGAAAUGUUUCUCCAUAUUUCUUUUAAGUUGCCCCACCUCACGUCGUCAUUGAGUUUUUGUUUGUAUUUUGUUACUUUUGUGUAUAGAGAGAGAAGAAAAUUAAAACGUGAAAAAUUAACCUACCCCCUAAUUAGCGGAAAUUUAAAACAAACAUAACCUGUAUCUGCACCUAGUUAACUGAGCACGGAUCUUAUCAUACUUAUUGGAAGACUCCAAACUUACAACACUUUCGAAUAGAGCGCGCGAAAACAAAACGGUCAAUUUUCAAAAAUGAUUUUUCGUGUUAGCGUAACACAGAAUUUCCCAUCGUCUAACUAACUCUAGAAUGCUUUUGGAUCAGACUUAUUUAUUUGGCAUUGAAA